CCAAUAAGGCGCUGAAUGGUUUCCUAGAAUCAAACAAGGCUUUCUCUUCCCAGUUCCCAGCCUUCCCUCCGGUUGCAGACGGAGUCACAAGAGAAACAAAACAAACAAGCAGUGUGACAAAGUAAAAGGAACAGAGAGAGGUGUGGGUCUAUAUAGCUUUUGUUGGGGCGAGUGCAUUGAUUAUAUAACUGACGGAGCGGAAUGAAGGUUAGUAGGAUAGAGAGAGAUGCAGAGUUGAAUUGAAUGAAUGAGGAAAUUGGAAGUGCGUGAUAUGUAUCAGAGCAGCAUUGGCGCACACCGCCUCGCCUACCGCUCUCACAUAUCCAACUUAGUCAAAGCCGGUCUCAUCAACCAAGCCAUCCACCUGUUCGACAAAAUGACCCAAGCAGAAUGCCGCGUCUUCAGCGUCGAUUACAACCGCUUCAUCGGCGUCCUCAUCCGCCAUUCCCGCCUCCACCUCGCCCACCACUACUACCGCCGCCACGUCAUCCCUCGCGGCUUCUCCCUCCUCCCCCUCACCUACUCCCGCUUCAUCUGCGCUCUCUGCUCCGCCCACAACCUCCCCCUCAUCCACGACCUCCUCCUCGACAUGGACGCCUUGGGCUUCGUCCCCGAUAUUUGGGCCUUCAACGCUUACCUCAACCUCUUAUGUCACCAAAAUCGCUUAGAAACCGCUCUCGAGCUCUUAAACUCCAUGCCUUCCAAGGGAAGAGACCCCGACGUCGUUUCCUACACCAUCGUCGUCCACGCCUUGUGCAAAGCGAAACGCUUCGACGAGGCCGCUAGGGUUUGGCGUCGUUUGAUUGACCAAGGCUUGAGUCCCGAUUGUAAAGCGUGUGUUGCUCUUGUCGUCGGGUUGUGCGGCGGGGGGCGCGUGGAUUUGGCUUAUGAGCUUGUUGUUGGGGUGAUCAAGGGUGGGGUGAAGGUUAAUAGCUUGGUUUAUAAUGCUUUGAUCGACGGGUUUUGUAGGAUGGGGAGGGUUGAUAAGGCCUUGAAGAUUAAGGCUUUUAUGAGUGGCAAUGGGUGUGUGCCGGAUUUGGUUACUUAUAACAUACUGUUAAAUUAUUGUUGUGAUGAGGGGAUGGUGGACGAGGCGGUGAGGUUGGUGGAGACGAUGGAGCGGAGCGGGGUGGAGCCGGAUUUGUAUAGCUAUAAUGAGCUGUUGAAGGGUUUUUGCAAGGCGAAUAUGGUGGAUAGGGCUUAUUUGAUGAUGGUGGAGAGGAUGCAGGCCAGAGGGGUGUGUGAUGUUGUUUCGUAUAAUACUGUUAUCACGGCGUUUUGUAAGAGGCGCCGGACUAGGAGGGGUUACGAGCUGUUUGAGGAGAUGUGUGGGAAGGGGAUUAGGCCGGACAUGGUGACGUUCAAUAUACUUAUAGAUGCGUUUUUGAGAGAAGGGAGUACGCAAGUGGUUAAGAAGCUGCUUGAUCAGAUGACAAGGAUGGGUAUUCUUCCUGAUCGAAUAUUCUAUACGGCAAUAGUUGAUCAUCUAUGCAAGGUUGGGAAGGUUGAUAUGGCUCAUAGUGUUUUUCGUGACAUGGUGGAGAAUGGGGUAAAUCCAGAUGUCAUAUCGUACAAUGCACUUGUGAAUGGGUUUUGCAAGGCUUCCAGAGUUAUGGAUGCCAUGAGUCUAUAUGAUGAAAUGCAGAGAAAAGCGUUGUACCCUGAUGAGGUAACUUUCAAGUUGAUAGUUGGAGGGCUUAUAAGAGAGAAAAGGCUUUCACUGGCCUGUAGGGUUUGGGAUCAGAUGAUGGAGAAAGGCUUUACACUUGAUAGACAUCUUUCUGAGACUCUAGUCAAUGCCAUUCAAUCAAGUGAUGGCCCAUGAACACACUAGUUCGUGUUGUGAUCCUCUUAAAUUCAUCAAGCCUUUCUUACGAAUGGGAAACCUGACUCAAAAAGUUUUCUCCGGGUAUAAUGCACAAAAGCUUAGCCAACCUGACCUUAACGUUUUCUGCAGGUAAUGACACCUGUAAAUAGGUUUGUCCUAUUUUUAUGAUGCUCAUGGUGCCAUUCCAUAACCCUGUGUCUCUGUGCUCCUAUAUACUUAUGUGCUCUAUAACAUACUACUAAUUCACAGGCCACCUUCUUGUAAAGGAUCCAUAAUGAGGGCAGUGCUUGAAUGGUUUCUUGCUACCAAUGGAAGAAUGGUAUCCAAGUUUUGUUUCAUAUUGUCAACAGACUCACAUGGCAGAUUUUAUUUGUCAAUACAAUAGAGCAUUCAUUUACAUUUGAGCCACAUUGUUAUACAUGGAGAGCUAUGGAUUUGUUUCUCACCCAGCACAACUAAUAUCAGUAAUUGAUGAUUUGAUUGGAAUCAGUUCGGCUGCCAACUUAAAUUCUAAUUGGUGUUUCUUCCGAGUUCAUAUAUAGGGUGGCUUUGAGUUAGUCUUAUGCUAUUUGAGUAAAUCUUUGACCAGUGGUGGCUCAAUUCAGAUUGACUCAUGUCCAGCCUUGCAUAGCAGAAACGUCAAUGGUGAACAAGUUAUGUCUUUUUAUGGUUCUAACUAUUUAUAAAAGUAUACCACCCUUUAUGGGAUAACAACUCUUUAAUGCUGGUAAAAUAUGUCUUGUUUCAUCAAGAUCAAGUUUGUGGGUACAGAGCAUAGUUUGAGCUAUGAAGAUAUGCAUUCAUUGGUGAUCUCACCUUAGUGUGACUUACACCUAGUUCCUUGCUGCCUAUCCUUGCAAAUUUUUGAACAAUAAACUCAGGUUUCAUAACACAAGCAUUCUGGAACCUUUAUCAACAGAUCAUUGGUUUAUUAUUUGUCUAUAUGUUUAGACAUAUGUAACUCAGUGCAGAAUUGUGGAUGUGGAAAAGACAAGAUUCACUAGGUAGCCUUGUUACAUUUCAAGAUUCAAAUUUAUUAUAUUCCGAAGACUGUGUGAUGCUGGAAUAAAUUAUGUAUGGCCUCUGGAAUUUGGAUUAGCAUACAAGAAUACAUAUUUGAAGGAUAAUACUGUUAUAAAAUUCAACUUGUCUGACCUUUAUAGCAUUAUAUUCUGGUGAAUUGUGGCGCUUCUGCCUGUAUCAGCAUUCUGCAGUAUGGAACUUCAAGCUUCUCUAAAGAAAUGUCACCGUGAUCAUUACAUUUAUCUAAAAUUCUAUCCUAGACAAUGGUGCACCUUGGAGCAGGAUAGGAGUAUCUGAAGAACAACUACAACCAGCACAGAAAGCAAUUUGCAGAAUCUGGUUUAAUAGAAAAUCGGAGAAGAAACAGAAAGGACGGCAAAAAGAAAGUUCAGGUGAAGGACACGUGUCUGGAUUCUUAAUGAUUCCCAAAUAUAAGUGAAUCAUCUGGGGUCCACCGUCCAAGCAACUUCUGGAGUGUGUGUAUAUAUAUAUAUAUAUAUUUUUUUUGGGAAAUUAAGUAAAUGCCAUGUUGGUGGCUAAAUGUCAGAAAAUAAGCUGUAUUAGGAAAUUAGUUUUGAAACUGCUAUAUAUUAGAAAUAUUUUGGAGAAGUGCAGUAUUGAGACUGGGUUACAAAUCCUUUUUUCAUUCAUUCACUCACUCUCUUCACUGUGUAUUUCUCAAAGAUUUUCAUUUCAAUAAUAAAUAUUUGUCCAACAUGUGGUAUCUCAAGUUCUUCAUCCAUACAUAUUAUUACACAAAUUUUAGAAACUCUUAACCUAGCCUAUGUUGAGAAUCCACUUCCUAUAUGAUCUCAGCCUAUAUUGAAAAUCCAUUUCCAAUGUGAUCUCAGGGCAUCAAAAUGAAAUUGGACAUCAACUUGCCUGAGUAUAGGAUAUCAGAAGAAGAAAUAUAUUUUUUCCUCCAGUAUUGAACAUCAUUAGAC